UAGCUAGUUUGACAAGAAUCGCUCUCAAGCUCAUGUAAUGUCUGCUUGCUAACAUUUCUGCAACAAUCAUGGAUGUGCAGCGUAUGGAGUCAAUGCGGGAAACCGUACGACUUUCUAGACAUCUGUUUUAAUCUGAUGUGUACUAGAUCGUGCUGGUGUGGGAAUAUUUCCACCUGAUUCAGCAUCUAAGCCUAACAAAAUGGAGCAAGAGCAGAUUCAGAAGAGGACUUUCACCAACUGGGUCAAUGCUCAGCUAGCAAAGAGGAAGCCGCCAUGUGUGGUUGUGGAUCUGUUCCGGGAUUUAUGUGAUGGAUCCAAACUGCUGGACCUGCUGGAGGUGAUGAGUGGCGAGCAAAUUAGUCGAGAGAGAGGCCGAGGAAUGUUUCAGGACAGGAGCAACAUUGAGAAAGCCCUCUCCUUUUUAAAGAAGAAAUCGAUCAAAUUGGUCAACAUAAACAUUCCCGACAUCAUUGAUGGUAAACCAUCCAUCAUCCUAGGCCUCAUAUGGACGAUCAUUCUACAGUAUCAUAUCGAGGAGCUCGCCAGUGGUCUCUCGUUCAGCUCUCGUCAAUCCUCCAUCGAGUCCCUGGCAAGCAUGGACACACAGUCCAGCCUGUCAACUCACUCGGCCAGCAGCAGCCCUGUUCCUCUGAGAGAAUCUCCCCUACAUACCCGCUUCAAGGUUUCUGCCAAAAAGGCUCUCCUACUCUGGGUCCGGGAUCAAUGCCACAAAGCUGGCUGCACAAUAAAUGUGAAAGACUUCAAGGUGAGCUGGAGAAGUGGAGUGGUUUUCCUGGCCAUCCUUCACUCCCUGCGACCCGACUUGGUGGAUCUGUCUGAUGCCAGAACGCGAACCAACAAGCAGAACCUGGAAGAAGCUUUCCGCAUUGCAGAGCGAGAGCUGAGGAUUCCCAGGCUGCUGGAGCCUGAUGAUGUGGACGUACGAGACCCUGAUGAGAAGUCCAUCAUGACCUAUGUGGCUCAGUUCCUGCAGUACUCCAGAGACCUACCCGUGCUUGAGGAAGGCAUGCAGGCAACACAUGAGCAGAAGAUAAAAGAGGUAACCUGCUGGUUGGUUCAGGCCUAUGAUGAGCUGCUGGAGGGCUGGAACUCUACAGAAGGAGAAAGUUAUUCUGAAAGAUACAACGUGUUUCAGACAUUUCUGGUAUCCUUUAAUGAGCAGCGACGUCCGAUCGCUCCUUUGCUGACCGCAAUGAGACGAAGCCCUAAACUGAGUGAGGAGCAGCGGGCCCUCAGGGAGGCAUGGGGUGCCCUCACUGAAAAGCUACAUGAAUACAAAACUGAACUGGACAUGAGCCUUCCAGCCCCCCUGGACACGGUGGCUCGCUGGCUACUGAGAACAGAAGGGGUGCUGGCUGAGGAGGAAGGCACCCUGCAGGACCACAGCCAGGCUGCAGAUGAAGCCAGAGAAAAGCAACAGCUGCUCAAAAAUUGCCUGGAGGAGAUGCCACAGCAUACCAAGACCUUUCAGAUGUUCCAGAAUCUGGAUGAGUAUGGAAGCAUGCUUGUCCCCACUGACAAGAUUGAGGACAUAAAGAGGAGAUUCACGAAUGUGAGAGUGACGUCUAAAUACCAUGGGAUAAAGUUGGAAUACCAGGAACACUGGCACACAGUCCUGUAUCUUUUGGCACAGAUCACAAAGAAGCUCCAGGUCUGGAAGCGACCCUAUAUCUCCCAGGAGGCUGUAAGACUGCUGCUGCAAGAAUUGGAUGAAAUGGUGAACAUACAGGAGCUGCCUUCUCUGCUGGAGACUGCCCUUCAUAAAUUAAAGCAAGUUUCUGAGAGAUAUUCUAACAAAUCUGCCCUUGCUGCGGACUACCAACAUGUUAGUCAGCAGGUGAAGCAACUGGACGAGCAGACCACCGAGGUCCUAAAGGAGGUGAGAGGAGCUAAGAAAACCAUGGGACAGGUGCUAUCUUCCUGGGACUCGUACAGUGACUCCCUCAGCUCCCUGCAGGCAUGGUUGCAGCAGAGCUCUGCAACACGCAAACAAAGACAAGAGGUGACACCUGACAUUGUGGCUGAGUGGGGUUCCCGCCAUGCUUACUUGAAUGAAGUUGGCAGUUUCUUGAUCGAAUCAACAGACCCUCCAAUCAGCAGAAGCCUGGCAGAGGAGCUGCGCAGGCUCAACAUGCAAUGGGCCGAAUUUGUCGAAAGGAAUGCAUUCGACAGGGAGGCUGAACCAAACACAGACCCCCAGAUCAGACCACAGGACCUUCAGGCUAUGAUCAGAGAAGCCUCUUUCAUUCUAAAGGAGCCCAUAGAUGUGAUGGCAGGACCUUUACGCACAUACAGGAAAAGAAUACAGUUCUUAAUGAGGAAGAUUAAAGACGUGGAUCUGGAUGCUCUGAUGCCCUCCCCAGAAUGUCCAGCUGAUUCGUUACAGAAAUUGAAGCUGUCUAUUCCUGAAGUGAUGCAGACCCUGUUCGAUGCAGAGCAGCUGUGUGUGGAGCUGCAGCACAGUAUGUCGAGUCUGGACAGUCAUCUUGCUGAGCUCCACCACUGGGAGACAGAAGCCAGGGAGCUGUACCAGCUGCUGAGGGUCGCAGGACGACAGCACCAGCGUGGCCAGGACCCACGAGCCAGGGUCCUGAUUUCCCGUGGUCUACAGCUUGAGGGCCAAGUGGUCACAGAGGAACAAGAUUUACAGGUAAUGGUGAUGACCAGUCAGAAGACAUCUCCCAUUCAAUAUCUCCAUGCCUCCACAAUGCAGGAACGAGUGCGAGCUGCUGUGUCUCAGUCACAGGAAGCAGUGGGUAUGCUGAGCAGCCUAGGAGCCAGAAGAGACAGAAGUCCACCAGAAGGACCUCCUCCACCAAAAAUCUUUGUCCAGACUGAUGACACAUUGAAAAAUCAAAGACAUUCAGACACUGAACAGCCAACUGAGCAAUUCCAGACAAAGUCAAAAGUUCCAAGCUGUCAUCAAACUCUGGCGUCAAAGAUUGUACUGCAGGAAUCCAGCAAAGAAAUGGGUUCUCCUCAGUUACCAUAUACCUAUGCACAAGCUGUAAUGCAGACCAGGCAACAAUCACCACUAGAAUGUCAGGUUCAGUUCAGUCCAAAGAUUGAAACACAGAAACAACUUCACGAACAAGUACUGACUCAGCAGCAACAUCAGUGGCAGCAAGAAACACUUAACCAAGAGACUGAAGAAGUGCUACAGGAUCAGCAUCAUAAACAACAGCAACCAGAAGAAGAGGUGCAACAGCAGGAACCAACACCAAAACUGUCCCAACUUCAGGAGGAACAACAGCAAGUAAAGCAGCUUCCAUCUCAAGCUCAGAAGCACACAACAGCACAGUCACAAGCUGAAAGUGAUGCCAAACAGACACCAGUGCCUCAAACACAAAUGUCUUCUCAGCAACCAUCCAAGAAACACUCCCUAAGCUCCAAGGAGCUUCAAAGCAGGAAGAGCCAGGCAAGGAAGAACCGACCGUGGCUUCAAAAGUUGGCUCCAGAACAGCCUAGUCCAAGUGGAGAGUUAGAACAGGAAUGCACUCAGGACCCAUCCCAGAACUUACAGACACAACCAAACAGUCAAGCAGUAUUGCUCAUUCAUCUUGAUUCACCAAAAACACAAAUCUCUAGGCAACAGCCCGAAGUACAAACAAAGCCUGUAGAAAAGCCACAACAGCAGCAGAAUGAUCAACCAAUACAACAGCUAAUUCACAAGGAAGAACUGUCACAACAUCAAAAGCAGCGAAAAAAUGAACAGCAUCAGCGACCUCAACAGACAAAGCAGAAGCAGCGGAGUGUGCAGUCUCAACAAGACAAGCAACAUAAACAAUCACAAUGGCCUCAGCAAAGUGUGAGACAAGCAAAACCACAUUCAAACACCAAAGCUAAAUCAAAGACAGUAACUGAGGGUCAGCAUCAACCACAGUCAAAGGCCCAAACUCACCCUCCAUCAAAAAGUCAAACUGAGUCUCAGACCAAAUGCCAAGAAAUGGUUCAAGGGCAAAUUCAGCCACAAGAAAUGCCCCACAGUCAGCCAUCACUGGAGAUUGCUACACAAACCAGUGUGAGUCAGGAUCAAUCACAGGUGCCUAUAAAUCUCAAGUCCCAUGAUGUGGAAAAAGGACCGGCAUUCACCCACAAACAGCUACAGUUUCAGCACCAUGAUCAGGUUACGUCUCAGACAAGCACCACAGUUACACCUGAGUCUGGUAUGCAGUCAGAAGAUCAGCUGCAGGCUGUAUUCCCUGGUCAAGCUGACAUUAUCAUACAAUCAAUGUCUGACAUCACACCUUCCUCUGUUAAGCAGACUGUACCACAGACCCAGGUUCACCCCCCUGUUCCAUCAUUUCUGCUUCAUAGGCAUCCGCAAUCAUGGGCCCCAGUCAAACCCCCAACCCCAAAGGUGGCCCAACAACCACCACAGUCCCAGCCUCAAAUGCAAUUGCAGCCAAUGACCCAGUCUCCAGCCCAUGCUCAGCCAACGUCUUUGACACAAAGCUAUGUUCAGCCAGUGGUGCAGACACCAAUGUCUACUCAGCCCAUGACCAAGCCUCAACUCCAUUCUCAACCAGAAGUCCAAUUUCAGAGCAAUGCUCAACAAAUGGCACAACAUCAUCACAUCAGUCAACAUCAAGCCCAGGCUCAAACCUUUGUUGGACCUCAGAGUCAUUCUCCACCUAAGUCUCAAUAUCAAACACAUGCUCAGUCAGCAGUACAACAUUCUGGACAUAUUCCCCAGGGCCACAUGCAAGCUUGGACAGCUUCACCAUGUCUUUAUACAGAGGGUUACUCUCAGCCUUCAUCACAACAGUGGACAACCACACAAGACCCACAAAAUCAAGCUCUGAUACAGCAAAGCCAUCCCUUCACCCACCCAUAUCCUCAGCAGCCAGGUCAAGAUUAUCCAGCAAGUCAGACUCCACAGCAGUGGGCACCUCCCAUGCGACAGCAAGGUCCUCAACAAGGAGCCUCAGGAUAUGCUAACAUAAGGCCAUCAUACCCACAGCCACAGCCACAGCCACAAACAAACACUCAACACUGGGUUGAAACACAUACCCUGAUGAAACCUCAAAGUCUCAUACAGCAGCAAACUCAGAUCAGAUCUUAUAAUCUUCCUCACAUCCAGACACAUCCCCAAGUUCAACAACAACCUUGGGUUCAGGCUCCACCACAACUCCAGCCCCAAACCUAUGCUCCUUCUCAAAUGCAGCAAUAUCCACAGACACAACAUCAGCCCCAAAUUCCUCCUUAUCCUCAGCCUCAUAUGCAAACCCAAAUAUCCCCUCAGUCACAACUUCCACAACAGGUAUAUCCACACCUUCCUAAAGAGCCUCAACUUCAAGCGCCACUGGUUUCUCAUUCUCAAAUGUCCAGUCGGGCUCAACCUCCUGCAAAGUCAAAGUCCCAGGAUCAGAUCCAGCAGCCUGAGCUCAAACAUCAGUUUCAGCAGCCACUCCCACAACUCAAACUUCAGGCACAGCCAUCUGCCUAUUUCCCACAACAGGCGCAACUUCAAAAUCAGUUGCUUCCACAGCCUGAGGCCCAAUCAGCCACACUAUCAAAGGCUCAAGCAGCACCACAGUCUAAGCCUCAGUUUCCCUCACAACACACAGGCCAGCCAAUUCCACAAUCCAAACUUCACAGCCAGCCUCCUCCUAAAGAUGAACUUCAACAACCCCAACUCAGUCAUGUCCAGCAGGUCAGUGUGGGGCUCAAGGGCCCGAUGCAGUCACCAGAUAUGUACAGUAAACCUCCAGCCUUGGCCCAGGUACCUUCUCAAGCCUACACAGAAGCCUAUGCCAAGGCCCAAGCCCUGGCCAGAAUUGGCUUUGAAGAGGCUAAGCACUGCUUGCAAGAGCACAUCCAGGAAGCCAUCGGUAUCUUCAAAGACAAACGUGUAUCAGACACUACAGCAUCCGUGAAAGAGGUGGAUGGCUCCGACGGAUGCCAAGACCCACCACAGGCACACCUACACUGGGUGGCAGGAGGGGAAAAAUGGACAGAGGGCAAAAAGAGACCGGGUAUAGAAAAACGAGACCACGGAGUGGGCUCAGGGCCAAGACAGGAGGUAGACCAGGAGGCCAUGCAAGGUCAUGCAACUAGAUCCGGAGGACGACCAUGGGCUGCCAUAGAGUGCAUGGACAAAUCAGGAAACUGGCCAUGGCAAACACUGGGCCUCCCGGCAAGCUCAGCAGAACCAUCCAGGACCGUCCCAGAACCAACAGACUCAACACAACCACGAGAGAGGAACAGAAGAAUAAAACCAGAUCCACUAGACAUCACAGGUGAAACUGGAGCAAUGCGCUCUGGUGCCACUUUUCUGGAUGCUGCUGGUGCGGCUGGAGGGAUGCACUCUGGUGCCGCUUCUCCGGACACUGCUGGUGCGGCUGGAGUGAUGCGCUCUGGUGCCACUUCUCCAGACGCUGCUGGUGAAACUGGGGUGAUGCGCUCUGGUGCCGCUUCUCCGGAUGCUGCUGAUGUGGCUGGAGCGAUGCACGCUGGUGCCGUUCUGUCUCGCACUAUGGGUGCCGCAGAGGCAGCAUGCUCCAAAGCACAUCUGUCAACUGUAGCCGGUGUCACCGAGUGCCGAGAUGACCUUCUCGAUGGCUCUACCAUUAUGGAAUCUGGAGAGGAGACGGGCAACGAUGGUAUUGGUGGCGGACCAGAAGGGGAUGACGUCAGUCCUGAAGAAUGUGGAGACAGGAGAAUGGCCGGGGCUUCCCCCAGCAGCCGUGCUGAUGAUGUCACUGCAGAGGACAUUCUCUGGACCCUUGACCCAGACUUGUUGGAGGAGUUUCUGAGAGCAGCUGAGGGUAUGGAGGCCUUCUGUACACCAUCACAGCUCAAAGACAUGGAGGUUUUCACCCAGUCUGUCAGGACACAGUGGGAGGCAUGCUUCUCAGAGGAUGGCAGCCUGAUACAGGCAGGGCAGCAGCUAGAGGCCUUAAAGGACUUAUGUGAGACCCUAAACCCAGAGGACACCCACCGACUGGCCCAGACACAGCUCAGGGAGUGUGAGAAGCGUCUAGCUGCCAUCCAGCACCAGUUCACUGGAGACCAAGAUGCAACGCACCCUGAUUCAAUGAUUCCUGUUGAACGUGGUCAAGGACCAACAGCAUCUUUAAAACCAAGUGACAAACCUCCAUUCUCACCUGAGGUCUCCAAGGUGAUAAUGAAGUCUGGCACUGUGGAGAAAAUAGAGGGUGAGAAGCUGUCCUCUGUGGAGGAACAUCUCCCCAAAUAUGAGGAUUUAGAAAGGUAUGAAAAUUCUAAAAGGGCUCUUCAAGCACAACUUGCCAAAAAUGAGCAGUUCAUCCAAGAUGUUCUGUCUGACUGCGCCUCUCUUAAAGGUCUACACACACGGCUGCAAGAGAUUCAGUUUUUGAGACAGGAAACAGAGUCCCUGUGGUCCGAGUUUGCAAACCAAUGCUCCCAGUCAAGCUACAACACUGGUGUGGAGCAGGAACGUGCAGAGCUGCAGGAGCUGUGGCGUGUGCAACAGUCUGACCUCCAGAGGAGGGGAAGCUCCCUGGGCACAGCGCUCAGACAGAUUGACUCCACUGAGAACCACAUGGUGGACUUCACAGACCGUCUGGACCGUUACCUCAGACAGCCCAAAGACAUCACUGGCUUCACACUUUCCAACACCAACAUUCUAAGAGACAUUAAGGAACUUGAUGAUAAUAUCCAAAGUGAGAUGGACCAACUGUCUCGGCUGGACUCUAAAUCCAGCAAUCUGGACCCCAGAGACUCCUUCCCUCUGUCGCGUGAGGUUGAGGCCCACCGAUCCAGUCUUGAUCAGCUCCGGCAGCAGGUCCAGAAGAGCGAGGCAGCAGCUCGUGCCCUCGACCGCUUCCUUAUGUCACUGCGCACUGUGGAUGAAGACAUCUUGGGCGUCCAAGGUGCACCAUGCAGUGAUGCUAUGCAACAACAGGAGUGCCGCUCCAACCUGACUUUAAUCAGGCAGAGCAUUGACAGUCUGAAAGCAAAAGCACCACAGUUGGACGUGCUUCUUCAGGGAGCCAGGAUGACAGUCACCAGGAAUGGUGACCCAGCCUCCUGCCUGGACAUGGUGUGUGUCUUGGUGAUAAAGCUGGCAGAAGCUGACAGUGCACUGGCAAACCAGCAGCAGAGCAACAAGAGGGAGACACAGGGGAAGUCUCUGGACCUCAGGAAGAAGACAUUGCAUGUAGAGUUGCAGACGAUACAGGAUACUGUUGAAACUCAAGGCCUGAAAGAUCCCACCAUACCUGCUGUGCAGCAAAGGUUACGAGUUUUAUCUGAUUUGGAUGGCCAACUUGAGGCCCAGCACUCAGAGCUUCAGAGCCUCUGUGAAAUUCAAGAGAAAGGAGGAGAUGAAACUAUUCUACAGGAGCUUGAGACCCAAUGGGAGGAGACUCGAAGAGCUCUGACAGACAGGAAGGAGCAGUGCAGCAUCCUGAUGGAUCUUCUAAAGAAGUUCCAGAGUUGUCGUAAUCAUCUGUCAUGCACUAUACAGAGAGCAGAGCAGGAGAUCAGUGAUCACACAUCAUACAUGGGCAAAGACAACCUGCAGAGACUCAUAGCCAAGGCCCAUGAUAUAAAGAAGAUGCUGGCUGGUCUUGGGGAAAAUAUGGAUGAGCUGAAGACUGUUUGCACACAGCUGCAGACCCAUCUGAAGAAGAUUCCAGACUGCAGUGAGGCUCCAUUUGAAGCAGAGGCCGACACACUGAUGGACAACUGGCUAGAUGUGACUGAGAAGACAGAUAUCCACAUGGACAACCUCCAGGUGGGGUUAGAGUUGUGGGAGAAGCAACUAAUGCAGAUGGAAGAGGUGGACAGAUGGAUAGGGACCAAACUGUCUGAGUUUGCAGAAGGCCAUCCUUUUCAUAAUGAGCAACAAGUACUCGCCAUGAAGGAUGAGAUAUGUGCUCAAGAGGAGAAUAUUGAACGUUUCCACAAGACGUCUGCGGAAAUCCAGGAGAUACUGCAAAGUCAGGAAGCCCCUCUGGAACUCCAGGUGUUGGAAACCCAUCUGAAGAAGAGGAUAGAUCAGGUGAAGGAGCUGUUUACCGACUGUACUGAUGUCUUUGAGGAGCUGACAGCUGUGAAGAAACACCUGUCUGAGAAGACAGAGGACUGUCAACGGGCCAUAGGGGACAUCCAGUCUUCUAUCAGCAAGCUUGAUGCUUCAGAACCAGAUGCCACUGACAGGAUGCAGAAUCUGUGUGAUCAGCUAGAGACUCAGAAGGAGGUAGCUCAGGCUGUGUUCAAGGAGGUGUCCUUGGUUUCCAAAGUGUCAAGUCCUCAGAUGCUGGAGACUCUGUCUACAGAUUGCAGUAAGCUGAAGGAUGCCAUCUCCCACACCAAGGACAUGAUACACCUCAAGAGAGAGGAGAAGGACAAAGGUCUGUUGAGGGUCAUUAGAGAUGAAAGUCAGUCAUUUGAACAAUGGUUCCAGGACCUGCAGCUCUCUGUCAAUGACUGCUUUGAAAAUCCUGAGAGCAGAACUGAUGUGGAAACAUCUCUGCAAAAGCUGACUGAGUUCUUGGCAUCUGUGGAUGCAGAGAGACGCCUAGCAUUCCUGCAAGAUCAACUUGAGAGAGGCAAGAAGAAAAUUCCUCCCCAAGAGCUAUCUGAGCUGACUGACUGGCUGACGGAGCAACAGGUGGAGGUGGACACUUUCAGAAGCCACUGCAUCAACAGGCAGAAACAAAUAGAGAUAUUACAGAGUGACUUACACAGUCUACAGGAACAGCAAAAUAGCUUCAGAGAGUGGUUACAGUUGAAAGAGCAGCAGUCUGUGACAUCUGACAGAGUGAAACCUCUGCUCAAAGAGCUUCAGGAUGAAAGUGGAAGAGUUGAGACCUUCAAAGAGGUGUUGGCAUCAGUUCGUAGACGAGGUGUUCGAGCAGACUGUCUGCUGAAGGACAGUGAUGACAUGAUACAGCGCUACAGAAACCUGGAGGUCAGGCUGCAGAAGCAUGAAGAGGCUCAAAGCAAACAGGAAGGGGAUUUGGAUAAGUUUAACAUCCAGGCAGAAAACACUGUAACUUGGAUCAAUGAGCUGUUGCAGCCCCUCACAUGCAUAAACAAAGACACCCAGAUGAAGCAGAUGAAAGAGACAGCACAGGCAAACUGCAGCAGGUCCAGUAUGUCGCUCACCGUGGUGCAGAGGGUGCUAUGGGAAGAUGUGUUGGAGGUAGCUCAUGAGUGGAAGUGGGCAGAGUACACAGACCUGGCAGCUGAGUGCAAGGAGGCUAGCAUGAGGGUAAUAACCUCUCUGGUGAAGGCCAUUCUGAGCUCCAAGCCUGAGGGAGAUUCUGAAGUGAACAACCUGCGAAUUCAGGGUCAAAGACUGUGUGAGCAGGAGGACCUGGAGGAGAGUUGCAGAUUGGAGGUUCAGCAGUCAAUUGUAGACAUAGAGGACCGGUGGAGGACAGUGUUGAAGGAUGCUGAAGAUGUUCUCAAUAAUGUACAAACACAGGCUCUGUUAGAUGAAGGCCUCAAUGCUUUUAAAACCCAGACUCAGCUUGUCCAGUCCUGGAUCGCAGACCAGGAACAAAACCUGCAGACUCUGAAUAUUCUGAAUUUUAAGCAUGAAGGAGACUCCAAACUCCAGGAUCUGAAGGAACAAUUCCAACAUUUAUGUAACAAUCAGGCCUUGGAUGAAACCAGGAGGCGAGUGGUUGAGGAUGCAAUGAGACAGGCAGAAGAACAGUGGAAAAUGGCCUUACAGACUGCUGAGAAAUCUCUCAGCAAGGCUGAGACCCAAUCGAUCCCUGAAAGGGAAUUUGAUGCUUUCAAAAGCCAGCGUGACACCAUUCAAUCCUGGAUUCGAAAGCACAAGCAGAAGCUGCUUAACCUGGGUAGUCAUAUGUCAUUUGAAGAAAGGUUUCAGGCCACAGAGGCUGUUCUGAGUUGCAAACCUGAGGGAGAAUCCAAAAUACAUGACCUAGAGAAACACUGCGAGCGUUUAUGUGAGCAGAAAGACCUGGAGAAGAGCUGGAAACCAGAGGUUCAGCAGAUGCUAAAAGAGAUUCAGCAGCAAUGGAGCACACUCCUGAAGUUUGCAAGAGAUCAAGAACUCCGAAGUCUUUCCGACGACUUUGACAGUCAGUGCAAAGACACCCAGAUCUGGCUCAGAGACAGACAACGGCAGCUGAAGUCUGUGAGUCAUCACGCAUCACCUGAAGAGAGAUGCCACACAGCUGAGAACAUCUUGGCACACAAAGAUGAAGGUGACUGCAAGGUGAACAAUCUGAGGAGGCGAGGUCAGAAUCUGUGUGAAUGUAAGGAGGUGGAGGAACACAGGAAACAAGAGAUUCAACAGACAGUCAAAGGCACAGAGGAGCAGUGGAGGGAACUCUUGAAGGAUACCAUGCGGAACAAGGCUGAUGUCGAAACUCAAAUCAUCCAAGAGGCUGAAAGUAGAAUAUCGCAGGUGGGACAAACCAACGUUUUGAGCAUAUUUGGCAUUUCUCACACCAUUAACCCAACUGCUGUCACGAGAAAGACAUGCUGCAUUAGUAAAUCUAAAGUAAAAAAAAGGUGGUGUGGUGGUUUUGGUGGUGGGUCUACCUUCUACCUGGUGAAAAGGCCAUUUUCAUUGAACCAUGUGAGUCAGCAUCAUUGUGAAAUAUCUUUUCCUUUCCAGCUGAGAGAAUUUGAUACCCAUCAGCAGGAUGUUGGUUUCUGGCUUGCAGAUGUCCAACAUCAGCUGGAUUCACUUAGCCAAACCCCUCUUGAGGACAGAGUACGCACAGCAGAGAACAUCCUGACCUCCAAGCCUGAGGGAGACUCUAAGCUGGCAGAGUUGAAAAGACAAAGUCAGAGUCUGUGCGACCAACAGGACCUGGAUGAGAGCAGAAAAACACAGGCUCAGCAGAUGGCUAAAGACAUAGAGGAGAAGUGGAGAGCUAUCUUACAGGCUGCCGAGGAUGCUCUCAGGAAAGUUGAGAUCCAGUACUCAUUCUCCAAGGAGCUGGAAGCCUUCUGUACACAGGCAGAGUGCACUAAAACCUGGGUCAAAGAACUGCAGCAAAAAGCAGACUCCAUGGGAAGUGACACUCACGGAAGUCAGGCUCAGAUAGGGGACAAUCUAAAGACAGCACAGGUCAUCUUGUCCUCAGAGAUGAACGGAGAAGCCCAGGUGAUGGAGCUGAGUAGACGAGCACAGAGUCUGUGUGAUCAUGAUUACCUGGACGAGAGCAAGAAACAGGAAGUUCAGCAGGCUGUCAAAGAUACUGAGGAGCAAUGGAGGAAAGUCCUGCAGGCUGCUCGGGACACACACAGCCACUUGCAGAGUGUUGUGGAGCGUCUGGUUUUCUAUCAGAACCAGCAAGCCCAGGCCCAGGCCCGUUUGGAUGAACUCCAGAAGCACACCUCCAAUCUGCCACAUGUCUUCCCUUGGCCAGGGCUAGGAGAGAGGAGGCAAGCAGUAGAACAAGUCCGGACCCUACUGGACCACAGCAGAGCCUUGGCCCCCAUUCUGUCAGAUCUCCAGACACAAGCUACAGAACUUUCAGAGCUCACGCAGGACUCGAGCUGGUCCAAACCAUCCUGGGCGGCCUCAGAGAUGUCCAUCCCUGUCCUGGUAAAAGUGCUGACUGAGGCGGAAGCUAACCUGCAGCAGGGCAUCCAGACAGAGAGGCAGUGCACCCAGCUGGUGGAGCAGCAUGUAGCAGCACAGGACUGGUUGAGGGAACAGGUGAAAGGCCUGGGUCCUCCUCCAGCUGACCGGCAGGGUCUGCGCAGCACUGUCAACACUUUGAAGGCGUUGCUUCAAACAGUGGACAGGGAGCAGAGAGAGAUGAAUGAGCUGGACUCUGCCAGAGACAGUUUGCUAAAACUGUGCACACCAGGGGGUCAAGAUGCUCUGACCCAAGAUGUUGGUCACCUACAUGAACUCUGUGACUCCUCCAAGCAAGAGGUACAGGAAUACCUGACCAUCUGCAAGGCCAGAUUGGAGGAGCUUGACCGACAGCUGGCCACGAGGAUUGAAGGACUAAAGGAGAAAGCUGCAGCCUUGCAGUGGGAGCUUCUCUCUCUAGACCAGACACUCAGUUACAGUGAACCACAGAGCAGCAUCCCUCAACUCCAGCAGCAGUGGCACAGUCUUCAGAACUGUGACAAGUCACUAGAAGAUUUGGGCAUGAAAGUUCAAGACCUGCAUACGGAAGUCAAACUGGCACCUGCUCCAGACAGGCUGCCAGCAGAACUGAUCUCAUCAGUAGACUCUUUAUAUCAGCAAUUUGACAGCAUCCCUGAGAGGGUCAUUCUGCUCUUGAUCAAUGACAUGGAAAAAGUCCUCUCUAAUUUCCAAACAGAUUUUCAAAAAAUUUUGAAUUAUAAUGCUGAAAGAGAUUUGACCACUAUUAUUUUAUAUGUUUACAGCUUAAAGUGCACCUUGACAGAGAAGCAAGAUACCUACUCAGCAAACACAACUUGCUGCCUGGAAGACUGUCUUCAUGCCCUACAGCAGUGGAACCACAGGGAGCCAGCAGAGACCAUUUUAUCCCUGCAGGUGCAAUUAGAAGAAGGUGAAAAUUUACAGGCCAACCUGCGGGCAGUGCUUUCUCACCAGCCUUUUCUAAUAGAGUGUCUGCCACUGGAUUUGGCAGACAGACUGCAAACAGAAGGUUCAGAAACACUCAGAGAAGCAGAAGUACAUCAGAAAUCUCUCAGCCUGAGUUUGAAGGAACUGGAUGAAAACAGUGAACUCACACUGCCUGAUACGGACUCCUCUGAGAUCCUUCUUGACAAUGUCGAUGCACCUGUUGUGGGAGACAGCAGUGUUAAAAAAACAGAAAACCUUUCUGCAUUAGAGAAAGUCAAAUCUAAUGAAGUUGAGUUAUCAUUUACAUCUGAGGUCUUACAAAAGGAAAGUGAAACACAACUGCUUUUUCUGACAGCAGCCAUGGAAGAAAGUAACAUUUCUGGUGAAGACAAUGCUGGAAUUAAUCCAGCGAAGAAGAAAUGCUAUUAUCAAGAACCUUCGACUGCACAAAGCAACAAUGUUUUUUUAGAAUCAAUUACUGAGAGUCCAAAAGCAGACAUCAGUGUUGAACAUGUUAAAACUGAGCAGACAAAAUCUAUUGAGGAGUGUAUAUUGGUCAAAGUGGACCCUAUAUUAGAAAGUUCUACUGAGAUUGUCUCUAGUCAGUCAAGAUCUCAGCCGCAGGCUUCCUUAACUCCUCCAACAGAGCAGAGAGGAAUUUGUAUUGUUGAAGACACAGAACAAAUAACUGCUGUCCCUCUAACACCAGAUAAAGCUGAUGAAAUAAAAGCAAAAGAGCUCCAGAUUGUGAAAUCAGAAGAAACCAAAGUCACAGAGUCACCCACAAUGCAGCCUGAUACCAUGCAUAUUGGACAAACCAAGCUUGUACCCACCAGGAGAAAGUCAAAGACCCUGGGUGUUUCCAAAAAGACUAUUGAUCCACAACCUGCACAGAUUAAAAAAGACCACGAUACUUCAGAGCAUGAUAGAGUAGCAGAGCAACAAGAAACUGCAACUAUGGAAGAGACACAACUCAUACCACACAGAAGAAAGUCAAAGACUUUGCCUGAGCUUUCCACAACUUCUGAGCCAGUUGUUACCCUUGAUGAAUUUUCUGGUACUGAGUUGAGCUCUAGUGAGAUAAAACAUGUCAAGCCAGAUUUGAUGUUACCUAUAGAAGCUAUCAAAGAACAAACUGAAAUUCCAGUGUCAGAAGAAAUUAAACUCUGUGAGAUGUAUCCUUCAAGCGUGGAAUUUGCUCCACUGACAACCAAAGCUGAUGUUGCUGAACAAGCUGAAAAUUUACAACUCCAAAGAAAGUCAAAGAGUUCUGAACGGCCGCUUAUAAUUUCAGAAAUGACAGAAGAAGAAACUGUUGGUCAAAGAUCCUCUUUGAGUUCAAAGGAGAAAAAUAUAAGUACUGUUAAGGAAGAAAAAAUUAUUGUACCAGCCAGAAGAAUCAAAGGUUCAAAGAGUACUGACAUUUGUAAGCUUUCAGAACCAGAUGGUGCUCAACUAAGAACUCCUGAUGUGGAACCUGAAUAUAAUGAGAAAGAUCCUUCAAAAGAGGAACUGUCAGGACCAAAUAAACUAACAGUUUUGAACAAAGGUGAAGUGUCACCAUCCAAAACAGGGUCAGAGGAUUUAAAACCUUCACCAGACCUUGAUACCAUGCUGUUAACAGAGACCAAGAAAAAGCCUGCCAAUCAAAAGCCUUCAUAUAAAUCUGGAGAACAAAUGGAAACUGUUGGUAUUAAAGAAACUAAACCCAUGCCACCCAUGAGGAAGUCACGGAGUCUUGAUGUAACCACAGUUAGUGAAGGUACUGACAUUGAUGUAAAAGCAGCAAAUAAAGUGUCUAAAAGUGAAAUGCCUUCUUCGAUUGCACAUGGACUCAGAAGAGAAAUGGAUGCUGAAAAGAAAACCACUACAACCUUGCCUCCUAAAAGAAAUUUUAAAAGUCAGGAAGUAUCUCAGGAACCUUUUGCGACAAAGCUCAUAGAGACAAAGAAAGACCCAAGCAGUCAAAUCCCUUCACCAAGUUCCAGAACACAAACUAAAUUUACUGUCAAAGAGGCAAAGAUCACACCACCCAAAAGGAAGUCAAAGCGUGCUGGAAGUGCUAUAGCUUCAGGAACCACUUCUGAAAGCAUCAAAUCAAAUGAGUUAAGUAAAAAAGCAGUAAAAACUAUGGCAACUUUAAAUUCAUCACCUAAAUCUGUCCCAUUGCGGGCUAAAAAUAAUGUUGAAGAAGAAACUAAACUGUCAACAAAUAAAAGAAAGAAAAAGAGUGAAAAAUACUCUGCAAAACCUAGGUCUGCUCUCAUUGCAGCAAAAUUUGCAGGAACAACCUUGACAGACCAAGAAACCAGAAAGCCUAUACAGCCUGAUAUUCAGGAAGACUUUCCUGUGGAGGAACUCAACAGAAAUGCAGAGGACAAUGUCCAGCAAGAGCAGGAAUUAUCAAAAGGUGACAUGCACAAACCACUUGAGAUUCUGGAAAAAAAGCCUGUGACUAUGCAGGAAAUUCACAGUGUUGAACACAAGCCUGCAAAUAAAGUUUUCAGUGAUGACACUGAGUCAAAGUUGGAACCUGACAAAAUCAUGACCCAAUAUGAGAAAGCUUCAGAUACUGAAGAUAAGGUUGGUGUUGAGGUGCAGGAAGAGAGGGAUGUUGGUUAUAUCACAAAACUAAAAGGAAAACAAACCAGGACAGAAUCCCUAGUGGAUGUGGCUGAAACAGACUCUUCAAAACCUCUGCCUACUCUCUUGGAAACAGUGCAUCCAUCUGAAUCUAAAUUAGCAGAAACAAGCUCAUCUGAGCAAGACAUGCCAAUCCAAAGAAAAACUGAUACGCAAGAAAAGUUGCCGGACAAUAAAACCACAACAGAUACAAAGGACAGUGUCCAGAAAGAGCAUGUAUUGUUAGUUGGUGACAUAAGUGAAGCACCUGAGAUCAUGUAUGAAAAGUCUGUUCCGAUGCAUGACAUCAACAGUAUUGCCCUCCACUCUGUAGGUAAACCUGACAGUGCUAAAAUAGUGUCAAAUAUUGAACCUGACCAAUCAACUGCUGAAAGUGAGAAAGUUGCAGAUACUGAGGAUAAAGUGGGUACUGAGGUGCAGCAAGAGAAGAAAGUCCUUGAUACCACCAAACCAGACAUGCUUGAAAGCACUGAGGAAUCCCAAGACAAUGUUGCUAAAACAGACGUUUCAAAAAUUACACCAACUAUCUUGGUAACAGUGCUAUCGCCUGAAGGUACACUGGCAGAAAUAAGCUUGUUUGAGCAAGACAUACCAAUAAAAAUCCAAGCUGAUACCCAAGUAGUGUCUCUAAUGGAGGAAUCCAUGAAAGAUACACAAGACAACAUCCAGCAAGACCAUAAAUUCCAAAUAGACGAUAUGGUUGAAGCACCUGAGACCCUCAAUGAAAAGUCUGCUCCAAAGCAAGACAUCCACAGUGUUAAACACGGGCCAGUGUACAAACCUGUCAGGACUGAACCUGAUUCAAAGAUGGGUCCAAAGAUGGAUCCUGACCAAUUAAUGACAAAAGAUGCAAACUCUUCACAUUCCGAAAAUAAAGUGGGUGCUGGGGAGCACCAAGAGGGGGAAGUCGUUGAUUGCACCGCACUAGAAGGACAUGAAACCAGUGAAGAAUUCUAUGAGGAUGUCUGCAAAACAGGCUCUUCUAAACCUAUCGAGGAAACCCAACAAGAUGCCACCAAAACAGAUGCCUCAAAAGCUGUCUCAACAGUUUUAGCAACAAUGCAUUCACCUGAUGAUGAGAUAACAAAGACAAGCUUAUCUGAACAACACAUGCAAAUCCAAUGCCAAGCUGAUGCUGAGCAAGAGUUGCCUGGUGAUGAAACCACAAAAGAUACAAAAGAAAGUGUUCCACAAGAGCAUGCGUUGUUAGUUGGUGAGAAGAAUGAAGUACCUGAGAUCCUGGAUCAAAAGUCUGUUGAAAUGGUAGACGUCGAGAUUGUUGAACUCCAGCCUGUACAUAAAUCUGACAGUGCUGAAAUAGAGUCAAAGAUGGCACCUGACCAAUCAAUUGCCAAAGGUGAGAUAGCUCAAGAUACAGGCUAUGCAGUGGGUGCUGAGGAGCAGCAAGACAAGGACGACUCUGAUACCACCAAGUCUGCUGGUCUAGAAAGCAAUGAAGAGUCCCAAGAAGAUGUUGCUGAAACAGUGUAUUCAAAAUCUAUUCCUGCUCUCUUGGAAACAGUGCAGCCAACUGAAUCUAAAUUAGGAGAAACAAACUCAUCUGAGCAAGACAUGAUAAGCCAAUGCCAGACUGAUGCUCAGCAAGAGUUGAUGAAAAUUGAAACCACAAAAUAUACAAAGGAAAGUGUUCCACAGGAGCAUGCAUUGUCAGUUGGUGGCAAGAGUGAAGCACCUGACAUCCUGGAUGAAAAGCCUGUUAUGAUGGUAGACACUCAGAUUGGUGAACUCCAGCCUGUAUAUAUACCUGACAGUGCUGCAACUGAGUCAAAGAUGGCACCUGACCAAUCAAUUGCCCACGGUGAGAUAUCUCCAGAUAAAGACCAUGCAGUGGAUGCUGAGGUGCUGCAAGACAAAGAAGUCUCUGGAAGUGUUCUGCAAAAGGAUGUGUUGUCAGUUGGUGAGAAGAGUGAAGUACCUGAGAUCCUGGAUAAAAAGCCUGGUAUGAUGGUAGACAUCCAGAUUGUUGAACUCCAGCCUGUACAUGAACCUGACAGUGCUGCAACUGAGUCAAAGAUGGCACCUGUCCAAUCAAUUGCCCAAGGUGAAAUAGCUCCAAAUAAAGACCAUGCAGUGGGUGCUGAGGUGCUGCAAGACAAAGAAGUCUCUGGAAGCACCACGUUUGGUGGGCUUGAAAGCAAGGAAGAACCUCAAGAAGAUGUUGCUGAAACAGUCUCUUCAAAACCAUCACCUACUCUCUUGGAAAACGUGCAGCCAACUGAAUCUAAAUUAGCAGAAACAAGCUCAUCUGAGCAAGACAAGUCAAUCCAAAGUGAAACCGAUGCACAUGAAAAGUUGCAGGAUGAUGAACCCACAACAGAGACAAAGAAAAGUGUUCCGCAAGAGGAUAUGUUGUCAGUUGGUGAGAAGAGUGAAGCACUGGAGAUCCUGGAUGACAAGCCUGUUAUGAUGGUAGACAUCCAGAUUGUUGAACUCCAGGCAGUACAUGAACUUGACAGUGCUGCAGCUGAGUCAAAGAUGGCACCUGACCAAUCAAGUGCCCAAGGUGAGAUAGCUCCAGAUAAAGACCAUGCAGUGGGUGCUGAGGUGCUGCAAGACAAAGAAGUCUCUGAUACCACCAAGUAUGGUGGGUUCAAAAGAAAGGAGGAACCCCAAGAAGAUGUUGCUGAAACAGGCUCUUCAAAACAAACACCUACUCUCUUGGAAAAAGUGCCGCCAACUGAAUCUAAAUUAGAAGAAACAAGCUCAUCUGACCAAGACAAGCCAAUCCAAAGUGAAACCGAUGUUCAAGAAAAGUUGCUGGACGAUGAAACCACAACAGUUACAAAGGAAAGUGUUCCACAAAAGGAUACGUUGUCAGUUGGUGAGAAGAGUGAAGCACCUGAGAUCUUUGAUAAAAAGGCUUUUAUGAUGGUAGACAUCCAGAUUGUUGAACUCCAGCCUGUACAUGAACCUGACAGUGCUGCAAUUGACUCAAAGAUGGCACCUGACCAAUCAAUUGCCCAUGGUGAGAUAUCUCCAGAUAAAGACCAUGCAGUGGGUGCUGAGGUGCUGCAAGACAAAGAAGUCUCUGAUACCACCAAGAAUGGUGGGCUCAAAAGCAAGGACGAACCCCAAGAAGAUGUUGCUGAAACAGUCUCUUCAAAACCAACACCUACUCUCUUGGAAAACGUGCAGCCAAAUGAAACUAAAUUAGCAGAAACAAGCUCAUCUGAGCAAGACAAGUCAAUCCAAAGUGAAACCGAUGCUGAUGAAAAGUUGCCAGACGAUGAACGCACAACAGAGACAAAGAAACGUGUUCCGCAAGAGGAUGCGUUGUCAGUUGGUGAGAAGAGUGAAGCACCUGAGAUCCUGGAUAAAAAGCCUGUGAUUAUGGUAGACAUCCAGAUUGUUGAACUCCAGCCUGUACAUGAACCUGACAGUGCUGCAAUUGACUCAAAGAUGGCACCUGACCAGUCAAUUGCCCAAGGUGAAAUAGCUCCAGAUAAAGACCAUGCAGUGGGUGCUGAGGUGCUACAAGACAAAGACGUCUCUGGAAGCACCAAGUUUGGUGGGCUCGAAAGCAAGGAGGAACCCCAAGAAGAUUUUGCUGAAACAGUCUCUUCAAAACCAACACCUACUCUCUUGGAAAAAGUGCCGACAACUGAAUUUAAAUUAGCAGAAACAAGCUCAUCUGAGCAAGACAAGCCAAUCCAAAGCGAAACCGAUGUUCAAGAAAAGUUGCCGGACGAUGAAACCACAACGGUUACAACGGAAAGUGUUCCACAAGUGGAUGCCUUGUCAAUUGGUGAGAAGAGUGAGGCACCUGAGAUCCUGCAUGAAAAGCCUGUCAUGAUGGUAGACAUCCAGAUUGUUGAACACCAGGCAGUCCAUGAACCUGACAGUGCUGCAACUGAGUCAAAGAUGGCACCUGACCAAUCAAGUGCCCACGGUGAGAUAUCUCCAGAUAAAGAACAUGCAGUGGGUGCUGAGGUGCUGCAAGACAAAGAAGCCUCUGAUACCACCAAGUAUGGUGGGCUCGAAAGCAAGGAGGAACCCCAAGAAGAUGUUGCUGAAACAGUCUCUUCAAAACCAACAACUACUCUAUUGGAAAAAGUGCCGCCAACUGAAUUUAAAUUAGCAGAAACAAGGUCAUCUGACCAAGACAAGCCAAUCCAAAGUGAAACUGAUGUACAAGAAAAGUUGCCGGAUGAUGAAACCACAAAAGAUACAAAGGAAAGUGUUCCGCAAGAGGAUGUGUUGUCAGUUGGUGAGAAGAGUGAAGCACCUGAGAUCCUCGAUAAAAAGCCUGUGAUGAUGGUAGACAUCCAGAUUGUUGAACUCCAGCCUGUACAUGAACCUGACAGUGCUGCAAUUGACUCAAAGAUGGCACCUGACCAGUCAAUUGCCCAAGGUGAGAUAGCACCAGAUGAAGACCAUGCAGUGGGUGCUGAGGUGCUGCAAGAGAAAGAAGUCUCUGGAAGCACCAAGUAUGGUGAGCUCGAAAGCAAGGAGGAACCCCAAAAAGAUGUUGCUGAAACAGUCUCUUCAAAACCAACACCUACUCUCUUGGAAAAAGUGCAGCCAACUGAAUUUAAAUUAGCAGAAACAAGCUCAUCUGAGCAAGACAAGCCAAUCCAUAGCGAAACCGAUGUGCAAGAAAAGUUGCCAGAUGAUGAAACCACAGCGGUUACAAAGGAAAGUGUUCCACAAGUGGGUGUUUUGUCAGUUGGUGAGAAGAGUGAAGCACCUGAGAUCCUGCAUGAAAAGCCUGUUAUGAUGGUAGACAUCCAGAUUGUUGAACUCCAGGCAGUACAUGAACCUGUCAGUGCUGCAACUGAGUCAAAGAUGGCACCUGACCAGUCAAUUGCCCACGGUGAGAUAGCUCCAGAUAAAGACCAUGCAGUGGGUGCUGAGGUGCUGCAAGACAAAGAAGUCUCUGAUACCACCAAGUAUGGUGGGCUCGAAAGCAAGGAGGAACCCCAAGAAGAUGUUGCUGAAACAGUCUCUUCAAAACCAACACCUACUCUCUUGGAAAAAGUGCAGCCAACUGAAUGUAAAUUAGCAGAAACAAGCUCAUCUGAGCAAGACAAGUCAAUCCAUAGCAAAACCGAUGUGCAAGAAAAGUUGCCAGAGGAUGAAACCACAACAGAUACAAAGGAAAGUGCUCCGCAAGAGGAUGUGUUGUCAGUUGCUGAGAAGAGUGAAGCACCUGAGAUCGUGGAUAAAAAGCCUGUGAUUAUGGUAGACAUCCAGAUUGUUGAACUCCAGCCUGUACAUGAACCUGACAGUGCUGCAAUUGACUCAAAGAUGGCACCUGACCAGUCAAUUGCCCAAGGUGAAAUAGCUCCAGAUAAAGACCAUGCAGUGGGUGCUGAGGUGCUGCAAGACAAAGAAGUCUCUGGAAGCAGCAAGUAUGGUGGGCUUGAAAGCAAGGAAGAACCUCAAGAAGAUGUUGAUGAAACAGUCUCUUCAAAACCAACACCUACUCUCUUUGAAAAUGUGCAGCCAACUGAUUCUAAAUUAGCAGAAACAAGGUCAUCUGAGCAAGACAAGUCAAUCCAAAGUAAAACCAAUGCUGAUGAAAAGUUGCCGGACGAUGAACCAACAACAGAGACAAAGAAAAGUGUUCCACAAGAGGAUGCGUUGUCAGUUGGUGAGAAGAGUGAAGCACCUGAGAUCCUGGAUGACAAGCCUGUUAUGAAGGUAGAUAUCAAGAUUGUUGAACUGCAGACUGUACACGAACCUGACAGUGCUGCAACUGAGUCAAAGAUGGCACCUGACCAAUCAAUUGCCCAAGGUGAGAUAGCUCCAGAUAAAGAACACGAAGUGUGUGCUGAGGUGCUGCAAGACAAAGACGUCUCUGACACCACCAAGUAUGGUGGGCUCGAAAGCAAGGAGGAACCCGAAGAAGAUGUUGCUGAAACAAUCUCUUCAAAACCAACACCUACUCUCUUGGAAAAAGUGCCGCCAACUGAAUUUAAAUUAGCAGAAACAAGCUCAUCUGAGCAAGACAAGCCAAUCCAAAGCGAAACUGAUGUGCAAGAAAAGUUGCCGGACGAUGAAACCACAGCGGUUACAAAGGAAAGUGAUCCAAAAGUGGAUGCGUUGUCAAUUGGUGAGAAGAGUGAAGCACCUGAGAUCCUGCAUGAAAAGCCUGUUAUGAUGGUAGACAUCCAGAUUGUUGAACUGCAGCCUGUACACGAACCUGACAGUGCUGCACCUGAGACAAAGAUGGCACCUGACCAAUCAAUUACCCAAGGUCAGAUAGCUCCAGAUGAAGACCAUGCAGUGGGUGCUGAGGUGCUGCAAGACAAAGAAGUCUCUGGAAGCACCAAGUAUGGUGAGCUCGAAAGCAAGGAGGAACCCCAAGAAGAUGUUGCUGAAACAGUCUCUUCAAAACCAACACCUACUCUCUUGGAAAAAGUGCAGCCAACUGAAUUUAAAUUAGCAGAAACAAGCUCAUCUGAGCAAGACAAGUCAAUCCAUAGCGAAACCGAUGUGCAAGAAAAGUUGCCAGAGGAUGAAACCACAACAGAUACAAAGGAAAGUGCUCCGCAAGAGGAUGUGUUGUCAGUUGCUGAGAAGAGUGAAGCACCUGAGAUCCUGGAUAAAAAGCCUGUUAUGAUGGUAGACAUCCAGAUUGUUGAACUCCAGCCUGUACAUGAACCUGACAGUGCUGCAAUUGACUCAAAGAUGGCACCUGACCAGUCAAUUGCCCAAGCUGAAAUAGCUCCAGAUAAAGACCAUGCAGUGGGUGCUGAGGUGCUGCAAGACAAAGAAGUCUCUGGAAGCAGCCAAAGUGAAGCACCUGAGAUCCUGGAUGACAAGCCUGUUAUGAAGGUAGAUAUCAAGAUUGUUGAACUGCAGACUGUACACGAACCUGACAGUGCUGCAACUGAGUCAAAGAUGGCACCUGACCAAUCAAUUGCCCACCGUGAGAUAGCUCCAGAUAAAGACCAUGCAGUUGGUGCUGAGGUGCUGCAAGACAAAGACGUCUCUGACACCACCAAGUAUGGUGGGCUCGAAAGCAAGGAGGAACCCGAAGAAGAUGUUGCUGAAACAAUAUCUUCAAAACCAACACCUACUCUCUUGGAAAAAGUGCCGCCAACUGAAUUUAAAUUAGCAGAAACAAGCUCAUCUGAGCAAGACAAGCCAAUCCAAAGCGAAACCGAUGUGCAAGAAAAGUUGCCAGAGGAUGAAACCACAACAGAUACAAAGGAAAGUGCUCUGCAAGAGGAUGUGUUGUCAGUUGCUGAGAAGAGUGAAGCAACUGAGAUCCUGGAUAAAAAGCCUGUGAUGAUGGUACACAUCCAGAUUGUUGAACUCCAGCCUGUAGAUGAACCUGACAGUGCUGCAAUUGACUCAAAGAUGGCACCUGACCAGUCAAUUGCCCAAGGUGAAAUAGCUCCAGAUAAAGACCAUGCAGUGGGUGCUGAGGUGCUGCAAGACAAAGAAGUCUCUGGAAGCACUAAGUAUCGUGAGCUCGAAAGCAAGGAGGAACCCCAAGAAGAUGUUGCUGAAACAGUCUCUUCAAAACCCACACAUACUCUCUUGGAAAAAGUGCAGCCAACUGAAUUUAUAUUAGCAGAAACAAGCUCAUCUGAGCAAGACAAGCCAAUCCAUAGCGAAACCGAUGUGCAAGAAAAGUUGCCAGACAAUGAAACCACAACGGUUACAAAGGAAAGUGUUCCACAAGUGGAUGCGUUGUCAGUUGCUGAGAAGAGUGAAGCACCUGAGAUCCUGCAUGAAAAGCCUGUUAUGAUGGUAGACAUCCAGAUUGUUGAACUCCAUGCAGUACAUGAACCUGUCAGUGCUGCAACUGAGUCAAAGAUGGCACCUGACCAGUCAAUUGCCCAAGGUGAAAUAGCUCCAGAUAAAGACCAUGCAGUGGGUGCUGAGGUGCUGCAAGACAAAGAAGUCUCUGGAAGCAGCAAGUAUGGUGGGCUUGAAAGCAAGGAAGAACCUCAAGAAGAUGUUGCUGAAACAGUCUCUUCAAAACCAACACCUACUCUCUUGGAAAAUGUGCAGCCAACUGAAUCUAAAUUAGCAGAAACAAGGUCAUCUGAGCAAGACAAGUCAAUCCAAAGUAAAACCGAUGCUUAUGAAAAGUUGCCGGACGAUGAACCAACAACAGAGACAAAGAAAAGUGUUCCGCAAGAGGAUGCAUUGUCAGUUGGUGAGAAGAGUGAAGCACCUGAGAUCCUGGAUGACAAGCCUGUUAUGAAGGUAGAUAUCAAGAUUGUUGAACUGCAGACUGUACACGAACCUGACAGUGUUGCAACUGAGUCAAAGAUGGCACCUGACCAAUCAAUUGCCCAAGGUGAGAUAGCUCCAGAUAAAGACCAUGCAGUGUGUGCUGAGGUGCUGCAAGACAAAGACGUCUCUGACACCACCAAGUAUGGUGGGCUCGAAAGCAAGGAGGAACCCCAAGAAGAUGUUGCUGAAACAGUCUCUUCAAAACCAACACCUACUCUCUUGGAAAAAGUGCAGCCAACUGAAUGUAAAUUAGCAGAAACAAGCUCAUCUGAGCAACACAAGUCAAUCCAUAGCGAAACCGAUGUGCAAGAAAAGUUGCCAGAGGAUGAAACCACAACAGAUCCAAAGGAAAGUGCUCCGCAAGAGGAUGUGUUGUCAGUUGCUGAGAAGAGUGAAGCACCUGAGAUCCUGGAUAAAAAGCCUGUUAUGAUGGUAGAUAUCCAGAUUGUUGAACUGCAGCCUGUACACGAACCUGACAGUGCUGCACCUGAGACAAAGACAGCACCUGACCAAUCAAUUACCCAAGGUCAGAUAGCUCCAGAUGAAGACCAUGCAGUGGGUGCUGAGGUGCUGCAAGACAAAGAAGUCUCUGGAAGCACCAAGUAUGGUGAGCUCGAAAGCAAGGAGGAACCCCAAGAAGAUGUUGCUGAAACAGUCUCUUCAAAACCAACACCUACUCUCUUGGAAAAAGUGCAGCCAACUGAAUUUAAAUUAGCAGAAACAAGCUCAUCUGAGCAAGACAAGCCAAUCCAUAGCGAAACCGAUGUGCAAGAAAAGUUGCCAGACUAUGAAACCACAACGGUUACAAAGGAAAGUGUUCCACAAGUGGAUGCGUUGUCAGUUGCUGAGAAGAGUGAAGCACCUGAGAUCCUGCAUGAAAAGCCUGUUAUGAUGGUAGACAUCCAGAUUGUUGAACUCCAGGCAGUACAUGAACCUGUCAGUGCUGCAACUGAGUCAAAGAUGGCACCUGACCAAUCAAUUGCCCACCGUGAGAUAGCUCCAGAUAAAGACCAUGCAGUGGGUGCUGAGGUGCUGCAAGACAAAGAAGUCUCUGAUACCACCAAGUAUGGUGGGCUCGAAAGCAAGGAGGAACCCCAAGAAGAUGUUGCUGAAACAGUCUCUUCAAAACCCACACAUACUCUCUUGGAAAAAGUGCAGCCAACUGAAUUUAUAUUAGCAGAAACAAGCUCAUCUGAGCAAGACAAGCCAAUCCAAAGCGAAACCGAUGUGCAAGAAAAGUUGCCAGACGAUGAAACCACAACGGUUACAAAGGAAAGUGUUCCACAAGUGGAUGCGUUGUCAGUUGCUGAGAAGAGUGAAGCACCUGAGAUCCUGCAUGAAAAGCCUGUUAUGAUGGUAGACAUCCAGAUUGUUGAACUGCAGCCUGUACACGAACCUGACAGUGCUGCAACUGAGUCAAAGAUGGCACCUGACCAAUCAAUUACCCAAGGUGAGAUAGCUCCAGAUGAAGACCAUGCAGUGGGUGCUGAGGUGCUGCAAGACAAAGAAGUCUCUGGAAGCACCAAGUAUGGUGGGCUCGAAAGCAAGGAGGAACCCCAAGAAGAUGUUGCUGAAACAGUCUCUUCAAAACCAACACCUACUCUCUUGGAAAAAGUGCAGCCAACUGAAUUUAAAUUAGCAGAAACAAGCUCAUCUGAGCAAGACAAGCCAAUCCAAAGCGAAACCGAUGUGCAAGAAAAGUUGCCAGAGGAUGAAACCACAACAGAUACAAAGGAAAGUGCUCUGCAAGAGGAUGCGUUGUCAGUUGGUGAGAAGAGUGAAGCACGUGAGAUCCUGGAUGACAAACCUGUUAUGAAGGUAGAUAUCAAGAUUGUUGAACUGCAGACUGUACACGAACCUGACAGUGCUGCAACUGAGUCAAAGAUGGCACCUGACAAAGCAAUUGCCCACGGUGAGAUAGCUCCAGAUAAAGACCAUGCAGUGGGUGCUGAGGUGCUGCAAGACAAAGACGUCUCUGACACCACCAAGUAUGGUGUGCUCGAAAGCAAGGAGGAACCCGAAGAAGAUGUUGCUGAAACAAUCUCUUCAAAACCAACACCUACUCUCUUGGAAAAAGUGCCGCCAACUGAAUUUAAAUUAGCAGAAACAAGCUCAUCUGAGCAAGACAAGCCAAUCCAAAGCGAAACCGAUGUGCAAGAAAAGUUGCCAGAGGAUGAAACCACAACAGAUACAAAGGAAAGUGCUCUGCAAGAGGAUGCGUUGUCAGUUGGUGAGAAGAGUGAAGCACGUGAGAUCCUGGAUGACAAGCCUGUUAUGAAGGUAGAUAUCAAGAUUGUUGAACUGCAGACUGUACACGAACCUGACAGUGCUGCAACUGAGUCAAAGAUGGCACCUGACCAAUCAAUUACCCAAGGUCAGAUAGCUCCAGAUGAAGACCAUGCAGUGGGUGCUGAGGUGCUGCAAGACAAAGAAGUCUCUGGAAGCACCAAGUAUGGUGAGCUCGAAAGCAAGGAGGAACCCCAAGAAGAUGUUGCUGAAACAGUCUCUUCAAAACCAACACCUACUCUCUUGGAAAAAGUGCAGCCAACUGAAUUUAAAUUAGCAGAAACAAGCUCAUCUGAGCAAGACAAGCCAAUCCAUAGCGAAACCGAUGUGCAAGAAAAGUUGCCAGACUAUGAAACCACAACGGUUACAAAGGAAAGUGUUCCACAAGUGGAUGCGUUGUCAGUUGCUGAGAAGUGUGAAGCACCUGAGAUCCUGCAUGAAAAGCCUGUUAUGAUGGUAGACAUCCAGAUUGUUGAACUCCAGGCAGUACAUGAACCUGUCAGUGCUGCAACUGAGUCAAAGAUGGCACCAGACCAGUCAAUUGCCCAAGGUGAAAUAGCUCCAGAUAAAGACCAUGCAGUGGGUGCUGAGGUGCUGCAAGACAAAGAAUUCUGUGGAAGCAGCAAGUAUGGUGGGCUUGAAAGCAAGGAAGAACCUCAAGAUGAUGUUGCUGAAACAGUCUCUUCAAAACCAACACCUACUCUCUUGGAAAACGUGCAGCUAACUGAAUUUAAAUUAGCAGAAACAAGCUCAUCUGAGCAAGACAAGCCAAUCCAAAGCAAAACCAUUGUGCAAGAAAAGUUGCCGGACGAUGAAACCACAAUGGUUACAAAGGAAAGUGUUCCACAAGUGGAUGCGUUGUCAGUUGGUGAGAAGAGUGAAGCACCUGAGAUCCUGCAUGAAAAGCCUGUUAUGAUGGUAGAUAUCCAGAUUGUUGAACUGCAGCCUGUACACGAACCUGACAGUGCUGCACCUGAGACAAAGACGGCACCUGACCAGUCAAUUACCCAAGGUGAGAUAGCUCCAGAUGAAGACCAUGCCGUUGGUGCUGAGGUGCUGCAAGACAAAGAAGUCUCUGGAAGCAGCAAGUAUUGUGGGCUUGAAAGCAAGGAAGAACCUCAAGAAGAUGUUGCUGAAACAGUCUCUUCAAAACCAACACCUACUCUCUUGGAAAACGUGCAGCCAACUGAAUCUAAAUUAGCAGAAACAAGCUCAUCUGAGCAAGACAAGUCAAUCCAAAGUGAAACCGAUGCUGAUGAAAAGUUGCCGGACGAUGAACCCACAACAGAGACAAAGAUAAGUGUUCCGCAAGAGGAUGCGUUGUCAGUUGUUGAGAAGAGUGAAGCACCUGAGAUCCUGGAUGACAAGCCUGUUAUGAUGGUAGAUAUCAAGAUUGUUGAACUGCAGACUGUACACGAAGCUGACAGUGCUGCAACUGAGUCAAAGAUGGCACCUGACCAAUCAAUUGCCCAAGGUGAGAUAGCUCCAGAUAAAGAACACGCAGUGUGUGCUGAGGUGCUGCAAGACAAAGACGUCUCUGACAUCACCAAGUAUGGUGGGCUCGAAAGCAAGGAGGAACCCAAAGAAGAUGUUGCAGAAACAAUCUCUUCAAAACCAACACCUACUCUCUUGGAAGAAGAGCCGCCAAGUGAAUUUAAAUUAGCAGAAACAAGCUCAUCUGAGCAAGACAAGCCAAUCCAAAGCAAAACCGAUAUGCAAGAAAAGUUGCCGGACGAUGAAACCACAACGGUUACAAAGGAAAGUGUUCCACAAGUGGAUGUGUUGUCAGCUGGUGAGAAGAGUGAAGCACCUGAGAUCCUGCAUGAAAAACCUGUUAUGAUGGUAGACAUCCAGAUUGUUGAACUGCAGCCUGUACAAGAAUCUGACAGUGCUGCACCUGAGACAAAGACAGCACCUGAACAGUCAAUUACCCAAGGUGAGAUAGCUCCAGAUGAAGACCAUGCAGGGGGUGCUGAGGUGCUGCAAGACAAAGACGUCUCUGACAUCACCAAGUAUGGUGGGCUCGAAAGCAAGGAGGAACCCAAAGAAGAUGUUGCAGAAACAAUCUCUUCAAACCCAACACCUACUCUCUUGGAAAAAGAGCCGCCAAGUGAAUUUAAAUUAGCAGAAACAAGCUCAUCUGAGCAAGACAAGCCAAUCCAAAGCAAAACCGAUAUGCAAGAAAAGUUGCCGGACGAUGAAACCACAACGGUUACAAAGGAAAGUGUUCCACAAGUGGAUGUGUUGUCAGCUGGUGAGAAGAGUGAAGCACCUGCGAUCCUGCAUGAAAAGCCUGUUAUGAUGGUAGACAUCCAGAUUGUUGAACUCCAGGCAGUACAUGAACCUGACAGUGCUGCAACUGAGUCAAAGAUGGCACCUGACCAAUCAAUUGCCCACGGUGAGAUAUCUCCAGAUAAAGACCAUGCAGUGGGUGCUGAGGUACUGCAAGACAAAGAAGUCUCUGAUACCACCAAGUAUAGUGGGCUCGAAAGCAAGGAGGAAACCCAAGAAGAUGUUGCUGAAACAGUCUCUUCAAAACCAACACCUACUCUAUUUGAAAAAGUGCCGCCAACUGAAUUUAAAUUAGCAGAAACAAGCUCAACUGACCAAGACAAGCCAAUCCAAAGUGAAACCGAUGUACAAGAAAAGUUGCCCGAUGAUGAAACCACAACAGAUACAAAGGAAAGUGUUCCGCAAAAGGAUGCGUUGUCAGUUGACAUCCAGAUUGUUGAACUGCAGCCUGUACACGAACCUGACAGUACUGCACCUGAGACAAUGACGGCACCUGAUCCAUUAAUUGCCCAAGGUGAGAUAGCUCCUGAUAAAGACCAUGCAGUAGGUGCUGAGGUGCUGCAAGACAAAGAAGUCUCUGGAAGCACCAAGUAUGGUGAGCUUGAAAGCAAGGAGGAACCCCAAGAAGAUGUUGCUGAAACAGUCUCUUCAAAACCAACAGCUACUCCCUUGGAAAAAGUGCAACCAACUGAAUUUAAAUUAGCAGAAACAAGCUCAUCUGAUCAAGACAAGCCAAUCCAUAGCGAAACCGAUGUGCAAGAAAAGUUGCCAGAGGAUGAACCCACAACAGAUACAAAGGAAAGUGCUCCGCAAGAGGAUAUGUUGUCAGUUGCUGAGAAGAGUGAAGCAACUGAGAUCUUGGAUAAAAAGCCUGUGAUGAUGGUAGACAUCCAGAUUGUUGAACUCCAGCCUGUACAUGAACCUGACAGUGCUGCAAUUGACUCCAAGAUGGCACCUGACCAGUCAAUUGCCCAAGGUGAAAUAGCUCCAGAUAAAGACCAUGCAGUGGGUGCUGAGGUGCUGCAAGACAAAGAAGUCUCUGGAAGCAGCAAGCAUGGUGGGCUUGAAAGCAAGGAAGUACCUCAAGAAGAUGUUGCUGAAACAGUCUCUUCAAAACCAACACCUACUCUCUUGGAAAAAGUGCCGCCAACUGAAUUUAAAUUAGCAGAAACAAGCUCAUCUGAGCAAGACAAGUCAAUCCAAAGUGAAACCGAUGCUGAUGAAAAGUUGCCGGACGAUGAACCCACAACAGAGACAAGGAAAAGUGUUCCGCAAGAGGAUGCGUUGUCAGUUGGUGAGAAGAGUGAAGCAGCUGAGAUCCUGGAUGACAAGCCUGUUAUGAAGGUAGAUAUCAAGAUUGUUGAACUGCAGCCUGUACACGAACCUGACAGUGCUGCAACUGAGUCAAAGAUGGCACCUGACCAAUCAAUUGCCCAAGUUGAGAUAGCUCUAGAUAAAGACCAUGCAGGGGGUGUUGAGGUGCUGCAAGACAAAGAAGUCUCUGGAAGCACAAAGUAUGGUGGGCUUGAAAGCAAUGACGAACCCGAAGAAAAUGUUGUUGAAUCUGGUUCUUCAAUACCUCUACCUACUCUGUUGGGAACAGUGCAGCCACAUGAAUCUAAAUUAGCAGAAACAAGUUCAUAUGAUCAACACAUGCCAAUCCAAUGUCAGGCUGAUGCUCAACAAGAGUUGCCUGACAGUGACACCACAAAAGAUACAAAGGAAAGUGUUCCGCAAGAUUAUACAUUGCUAUGUUCUAUUGAGGACACCUCCAGAGAUCCAUUGGAUCAUGUCCAAUGUGGGCUGGUCAUAUUCACACAAGAUCUGCACAAAAUACCAGUGAUCCUGAGUGAAAAGUCUGUUACUAUGGAGGACAUUCAAAGCUUUGACCACAAGUGUGUAGAUAAUCCUGUCACUGCUCAGAUGGAGUCAAAGAUAGAGUUUGUCCGUUUACCAAUGGACAGACACACAAUAGCUGCAAAAUACAAGGGUGAACAAAAAUUGGAGAGGGACCCGGAAGACAGAAAAUUGAAGACUCUUCACAAAGAGUUAAAGGAUGAUAACAUCAACCUAUGGCCAGAACCUGCUCCACACACACCCCACACACUGGAUAUGUCACAGGAUACAUUUGAAGAAGAUGCUCCAGAAACUGUGAUUGCAACCACCACUGAUCUUGAAGAUCAUCUUAACAGGCUCGCAGCUAAAGUCAUAAUCUGUGCGAACCGUCAUGCUGUACUCAACUCAGCAAUCAUGGCCCGACAGCUGGAUGAGGCUCAGGAGUGCCACAAGGCUGCCCAGCUGCAGGUGUCGAUGACAAGUGACAGCACUGAUAAUGCAGACCCUGUGGAGCAUUUGAAGGAACAAUGGAGCAUUGUUGAUCAAGAUGCUGUUGCUGUUAUCCACAGUAAAGAGACCCAGUUACAGCUGGUGACUGAUUAUGGCAGACAGAUGCAAGAAGCCAGGAGUACCCUGGCAAGACUGAGAUCAGAACUCAACACCAUCAAAAUUUCCCCAGAGGAAAGCAGCUCCCAGGAGGCAGAACGUCUUGGCUCCUUACAAAGAGGUGUGAAGGGAAACCGAACAAUACUUGGGGAGUUGCACCUGACCAAUGCCAAGUUAUGUCCCCAUCUCAGCCGGCCUGAGCAAGCAAGAGUACAGCUGGAGGAGAAGAACCUCCAGGAGCAGUGGAGGGCUCUAGAAAGAGCUGUGGAUAGAACCUUGCAUCACACAAAUAUCUAUUCACAAGAAAUCAACAGCCUUGUUUUGGACAUGGCAGACCUUCAAAAACACUUAGAGAUGAUUGGAAAAGAUCUUGAAGCUAUCGCUUCUGGUGAUCAGUGGAACUGCACAAAGGAAAAGCAGCUGAUGUUAGCUAAUGCAGAAGUCAAAGCUGCACAGAAAAUGUAUCUUCAUUUACAGCAACUGUCUGAGGGGCUUCCCCUCAACUUGUGUUGGGAGAAGGAAACAGAACAGAUUCAACAAGGAUUGGAAAAGAUCAAAAACACACUUUGUCACACAGACAAGCUCAUGUCCUCCCAAUCUUGGAGCAGUAGCAAUCCUAUGAUGGAGAAAAUUAUUCGGGUGAUGAGGGAUGGGUUUGCCUGGGCUAAGCAGACAGAGAAGGAUAUUGAGGGCAGGAGGAAAAGACUUGCUCUUCUCCCUGAGGAGGCACAUCGGCAGCUCAGAGAAUUGAAGAAGCUGCAGUUUGAGGUGGUGGCCAAGCAAGGCCAACUGGGGAUAUUGGUAGAGGAACUGACUGAGCUACUUCCACAGUUAGAACAGGGUGAAGAUGUGCCAAUUGUGUGCACCUGUCUACAGUCCCUUAAAGAUCUCUCCAAGUCCACCACUGAUGAGCUGAACAAGGCUAUACAUGAGGUAGAGUCAGGGUUGCAGAUUAGAGAAAAACUAUCAGAGCAGACAGCUGAUCUUGAUGCCUGGGUUGUUGCCCAUCUUCAUAGAGAAGCCACCCGGAGUGAUGAGAGUGAAGAGAACAGCACCGUUGCCCUUGAUCUUCGAGCUCGUCAAUUCCAGGACACACUAGUUGAAGCUGAGAAACAGGCUGCUCUUUGUGAGGCUCUUUUAUUGAAGAGUAAAGCUAUUGCCCCUGAGCUCAGCAAAACAGAGAACUGCCAACUUUUUGACAAGCUUACCAACCUCGAAGAGGACAUCAGAUGCAUUAGCAGCUUUGAGAAGACAAAUGAAAAGCAGCUCGAUGAAAACAUCCAGACUGUAAAUUCAAGCAAGCAAAAUUUGGCACGGAUUGAAAAUAGCUUGAGACAGAUUUUAGUAGAUCUGAACAGAUACAGAUUCCCCAUCACAAGAGAAUUGCUACAACCUUUGGAACAUUUCAGACAUAUCAUUUUGAAGCAUAAGAUCCAGAUUGAUCAUCUAGUACCCUAUAUUCCUCAGCAAAAGGCAAAGGAACUGCACUCUAUCAUUUCUGAAUUUCAAAAGACAAUGAUUACUCUCAAUAUGAAAGCCAAAGAUCAUGAGCAAUACCUAAAGAUGAGGCAACAUGUGGAAGACCUCAGGAAAAACAUUCAGAAGGCAGUUAAUCAAACCAAAGAAGACAGCAAGGGACUGGCAGAGAAAUAUGAGAUCUGCCAAGCCCUCCUUGUCCAGUUUCCUCUCAUAAAAGAAAUGUGCAAACAGGUAGAUUACAACCUACAGAUAAUCUCUAAAGACCUGUACCCCUCACAGCUUACAGCAGAGCAAAAAAGACUUAAACAGAAUGAGGAGCAUCUUAACACCUGGGAGUUAGCACUUCACAAUAACCUUAGCAUUAUUGAGUGGGGGCUGCUGGAGGAAUUGGACCUUGAAUCAGAGAAGGCAUCGACUCAGGCCUUCCUCAGGAAGACCCAGCAGGAACUCCAGGAACUCCCUUUGUUGGUGCCAGUGGAAAAAGUAAUUAACAAGGAAUACCAAAGAAUUAUGGUGUUGAAAACAUCCACAGAGUCAAAAAUGAAAGCACUGGAUGUUCUUGAGCAGAACAAAGGGAAGAGACAAGCUGGUGGAUCACAGGACCUGAUGGAGUUGAAGAACACAAUCCUAAGUGAAUGUGACUCACAAAUGGAGAACCUGUGCCAGGCCAGAGAGUCUUUGAGAAGAUACAUCUAUGCGCUUAAAUGUGCAGUCCAUUUCGUGAAGGACACUGAGGCCACUCUCCUGCCCCUGCAAGGAUCUGCUGGAUUCUGCUCUGAAUGGUUACAGAAAACCCAAGAGGUCUUGGCCUCACUGGAACAGCAGUUCCAGAGUCAUGUGGACCACCUAAAAAGCUUGGUUCCUCAGCAUCCUUGUCUGUCUCCCCAAGAGGUGGAGAAGCUCCACAGCAAUGUUCUAAGCCAAGUACUGGCAAGGAUGUCAUCUGUCCAGGCAAAGGGCCAAAUCCAAAUGGAAUCUCUCAGCAGGUGUACAGAACAACACAGAAAACACAACAAGUGUCAAAAUGAAAUCAGCCAGAGUGUGAAUAUUGCAGAGAAAAACCUUUCCCAGAUCAUCAAUCAGAAGAUCACUUGUCUUGCUGACUGCACUGACCAGCAAACUGCACUCAGAUCUUUGUCUGAAGAACUGGAGUCACUGCAGAAGCGUGUGGAGGAGUUAGAGGAAUGGUGCCCAGAGCAGAGCUGCAGAGGAGGCAGGGAGGCCACUGUCUAUGCCUUGUGGAAACAAGUAUCAAGACUAUGUCACCAUACACAGGAGCUGAUAACUCAUAAUGAACAGAAAAUUGCAGAAUGGAAAGAUAUCACCACUAGUGUGAAGAAGGCUUCUGAUAUCCUGGAGCAGGUGGAGGUGGAGCUUCCUGUUGGCUCACAACUAAAGGCCUCAACUGAGGAGCUUCAAGACCUGGUGCAAGCCUGUGAACAGUACCAGGACACACUGGACUGUGAGCAUCGGGCCUUGUCUGCACUGGAACUACGCACUGCCAGGUUACUCUGUGUCCCCGCCCAUCUGGAACAGGCUCCUCCCACCCCAUUCUGUCAGCAGCUGCAAGCCAUGCAGGGCCGAUAUAACAGUUUAAAGGAGAGAAGCACAGAGAGUUUGAAGGAGUCCAGGCUGGAGUUAAAGGACAGAGAAAAGGUCUGUGAGAAGCUGCAGGGUGUCCAUGUUUGGGUGGAAGCAGCCAACAGCCAUUUGUCAGAGAUGGAGCAGAGCAGCAGCACACAGCAGCUCCAGGAAGUCCACAGCCAGCUGUGUAAUCAGAAGAAUUUAAUCCAGCAAAUCAUGGAGAAUCUUAAAAUGAAGUACUCCAAACUGUGCACUCCAAUCCCAGCUGAGAUUGAAGGCCAAUUGCAGGAAGUCACACAAUUGCUAAAGCAAACUGAGGAAAAGGUGGAUGAGGCAGUGGAGCGGAGCGGUCCUGUUCACAGGCUCAGGGCUAAGGUGGCUGAGAUCCAAGUUGGCCUGAGAUCAGUCAAGACCAGACUGGAACAGAGGAGUCCCACUGUAGCUGAAGCAAAGAGCACCCAGAAGCGGGUGUGGGAUGAGCUGGAUGUGUGGCACUCGUGUAUUGCAUGGCUGGAGGUGGAGAUACAGGACUUGGACAAGCCAGAGGAGGUGCUGAUGCUCACUGAGGGACUGGUGGAGAUCCAGCAGCUCCACGCCCACCUGGCCAAACAGGCCGAGCAAAGGACCACUCUUCUCAGCAAGACAAACACAUGGCUUCAGCAGCACCAGGAGAUGAUUAACAGCUCCAACAGUUGGAAGGUGGAGGCUCAGUCGUGGCUUGCUGCACCCUGCACCUACACGACCGCAAAAUGCUUGAGUGACCAUGUUCAAGCACUACAGCUGGUGCUGGAUGACUCUGCACAGAUCCGCACAACCUUGCAGGGUUUCGGCUCUGUGCUGAAGGAAAUGUCGCAGGUUUGUGACAUCACCUCCCUCCAACAACAGCUGGUUGAAGCUGAUCAAGAAGUGGCUGCUGUGCAGAACAGCUUUACAGCUCCACUGUCUCAACUGGAACAUGCAGCUGCUGAGGUGGAAGCCAUUGAGACUGAGGUCAGGAACAUGGAGAGUGACGUAGCUGAGAUAAAAAAUUUAUUGUCUUCUCCGGAGACUCUUCCCAGUCCCAGAGAGGAACACCUGAAGGUCACUGAGCAGAGGAUCCAGUCCAUGAGGAGGACUGUGGCUGAGAUCCAGAAAUGUAAACCAGGGCUUUGCCUUCCAGAGAAGACUGAGGAGUCACUGGCUGUCUUCACGGUAGUUGACCAGCUCCAGACUUUGCUCCUGGAACUGGAGAAGAAGAUUCUUGCGUUGUACAUCCAGCAGCCUCCAACUCCAGUCCAAGCUAAGACCGUGUCAGUCAGCAUGACUAUGCCAGGGUCAACACCACAGACGAGUUCUCAGCCUCAGAUCCCAAAAGCCACUGCAGAGGGACCUGAAAAUGAUGAUACUGAGCAGAGCCAUACUGAAGAAGAUGUACUGAAGCCAUCUGGAGCUACGCUUCUGACCGUGGAGCAGACUUCUCCUGAACAGAGUCCGUCCUGGACACCUGAAAGUGCACAGCAGCGGGAGCAUCAUGGCGUGCUCCAGGCUGAGGAGGCCACAAAAACAAAAGGGAGUAUGGAGCAGAAAAAGGAAGAAGGUGGAGGAGAAGGUGUUUUGUGGUGGCUCUGGGAUACUUUCCUGGGCAUUUCUCCAGAGGGAUUUAAAGUCAGUGUCCCAGAAGAAACUGAAGGUGCCACUGGACAAAGCACUGAACAGACAAAUGACACAGAGGAUGUUGAGGAUGUCCCAGUGACCACAGAAGCAAGUCCAUCUCAAGCUGUCUCAAAAUCCUUGGGCACUUUCAAAGCCCAAUCACUGCCUGACAUCAGGGGAAAGCCUGCUGCCUCUGUAAAAACCAAAUCUGACUCCCAACCGCGUCGGAAAUGUGUCAUCUCUUACUGCUUCAGCUACAGCGGGAAUGGAUACAAAGAGAGAGAGAGAGAGAGAGAGAGAGAGAGGAAAGGUGACAUAGUCAUGCAAAGGAAUGGAAGUAAAAGUACAGGUGACCAAUAUCUGCUGAGCUCUACAGGGGAAGAAAAAAUGAUUCAGGCCCCAGAGGAGCUAGACUCAUCCGGGCCUCAGCCACGACAAACAGCCAUUCAUGUGUGCCGGGAAAAGGUCGAUGAGCUUGAGCUGUGGCUACAGAUGACACAGAACAGCCUGCUCACUGCAAACAUGCAGGACACUGUGGAGCAGCAACUUCUUACCUGUCAGGAGAUGUUGGUGGAUAUAGAGCAGAAGGUGGUCUUCCUGUCUCCACUGGGUCAGACCACAGAUCAAUAUCAGGAGCAUGACCGGUCUGGACUGGAUGGUUUUGGAGCCCACGAGGAGGCUGAGCUGCUGUCCUCCAAACUGAAAUUCCUGAAGGCCAGCCUGGUCUCCUUCCAGAAUUUCUUACAAGAGCGACAUGAAGAUGAGAAGAUAACCUCACGUAAUGAAACACAACAGGAGCAGCCAACAACUGGGGGAGCGUGCCACCAUAAGACGAAGGUAAAACGCAGUUGCAGUCUUCAAGAGAUCUUCUCCUCGCCAAGAAACAAACUGCUCAGACAGAGCAGCCUGCAGCAGCAGAAGGAGUUAGAACAGCAGCUGAACGAGCAGAGAGGACUGACUGAAGACAUCUGCAGGCAGAGCAGCAGAUCUCGACUCCAUAGCCAGGAGACACAACAGUUUCUGCCUGCUGAUGUUGAUGUGCAGAAGAAGGAGGAGGAGAAGGACUCUGCUCCAAAGAUGUGGGAUUUCCUUCACAGCAGACAAGUGGCUCUGGAGAAGAACCUGCUGCUUUCUCCUGCUGAGGUGACAGACUCCUCUUUGAGGCGUGCUGAUGAAGCAGUGGGACAUUUGAUUGGCACACAAAUUGUGAAGGAGCUGCAAACCCUUGUUGUCCAUCUGAGGAAGCUGAGCCUCAUGACUGCAGAGCUUCACCUUCAGACCUCCAUGGUGGACGAAUCCCGUCAGGCGUUGGACGAGGGUUUGUUUAAUGUGCUGUUUGGGGUGUCGCUGUCUCUGUCCUCCAUUAUCAGCCUGCUGCAGAUGCCUGCAGUGAUCACUCAUCAAGAAAACACACAGCUGCAGAUUUUGUCAGCAGAACUCACCAUGCUAGGAAGUGAGCUGAAUGCUCUUGGGCCAAAGGUCAGCUGUGUUCUGGGGUCAGAAUGCAGUCGGCAGUGUGUGGAUGACCUGUGCAGAAUCCUUUCUGUGGUUCAGGAUAGAUUGACCGUCAGAAAAACGCAGCUCACAAAUGUUCUGGAGGAACUGGCAAAGAAACAGAGACAUCUAAAGGAGUUGCAUGUUGCCUUCACUUGUAACAAGCUGACCAUACAACAAAUAACUGAUGACUUCAGUGGAACCCUUAGUGAACAAAUGCAGGGUGAACUGGACGCUGUGGUGCACGGUGUGAAUGCUUGUUGUGUAGAGUUGAGGAGCAGCAUGGAGCAGCAGCACCACUUGGAGAGGCUGGUCCACAGUCUGGAGGAGCUGCUUAUAGUGGGCUCUGAACGCCUCACAGAGCAGCCAGAUGCAGAAUUCCACAGUAGGACUCAGUUCGAGAACCAGCUCAGCGCUCACAUGAAAUUCUUCCAGUUCCUGGGGAGUCACUUUAACAUCCUUCAGUUCUUGAUGUCCCGACUGCCCGAGAGUGCCGUCCAGAGGUGGGAGGGUGCAGUGACGGUUUUCCAGGCUGAGGUGGAGCGAUUGCAGCAGCUUGCACUGGAGAAAGGAACAAAUAUGCAAAUAACCGCAGAGAUGUGGCUACAGUGGGAGGAGGACAGCAUCUGGUCAGAUGCCCUGCUGAAAGACAUGGAGACUUCAUUUCCCAAGAUGCAGAAGGGCAGUGAUUUUGGCAAAGAGAUAUCAGAGAAUGUCUCUGUCUACCAGGAACUGGAUGAUGUUCUGGAGAGGAGCAAGGCACCGUUCAGUCAGAUGCUGGAGGAAGGUCAGGAGUUGCAGAACAUGGGCUGUAGAGGAGUAGGUGUGGCCACGCAUGACCUGGAGGCACGGUGGAGAUCCCUUCACAGGAGGGUGGAGCUUCAUCGCAUCAACAAUGACAGGAACAGGAAACUGAAGAAGCGGUUUUAUCACGACUCUGUUCGACUGAUUGCCUGGAUGAGUGGAGCCAGACAGUUGAUUGACAGAUGGAGUCGAGUCAUGGUUUUAAGCAGUGAGACCAGAGGUCUAGACCAGAUGCGUGAGGACUAUGAUCAGUUUGUGGACUUUACCAAAGACUUGGAGGUCAAUUCUAAACUGAAGGCGGCACUGGUUGCUGUCGAUAACCAGCUGAGAGAUGCAAACAACAACUCCAGAUAUUCAGAAGACCAAGCAAGUUCUCCAUCCCAGAGAUCAGAUCAGGAAAUGUGCCCAGUUCACAUCCAGCUCAGACAGAUUGAGCUAGACUGGUUCACUCUGCUCGACCGUGUUCCUGUCAUCCAACAAGCUCUGCAUAAGAGGUGGUUGGAGACAUUGACUCAGCAGGGGGCUUUGGUGGAGCUGCAGACCCUCCUUGAGGCUAUACAGACUCGGCUAGAGGAGAAACGAAGCAGACUCAUCCAAACAUCACCUACCAACGCUGAUCUGAAAGGUCUGCUGAGCUGUUCCAAGGAGUGUCAAGCAGAGAUGUCUGCCCACCAGGCAACACUGGACUAUGUCAUGCAGCCAUUGCAGUAUUGUUGUGCUGAGGAUGACCACUGGGGGCGCUAUGAGAAUAUUCAAUUUGCAGAGGAGCAGGGUCAUCUCAACGAGCAGUGGCGAAGUUUACAGCAAAGCUUGAACUCUCAGCUGGAGGAGUUGGAGCAGGAGGUGAGAAGCAGGGCAGAACAGGAGGCUCAAGUGCAGCAGCUCAAAAGCUGGAUCACAGAUCAGAAGCGCUGGAUUCAUUGUGCACAGAUGCCCAGCAGCCUGAUGGAGCUGCAGAGGAGCAUCAGCACCUGUCAGGACCUCGAGGAGAAGAUUAGACUGAAGUCAGCAGUUCUUCAAGAUUUCAGGGAUAUACACAGCAGCAGAGAAACAAACAGAAGCUGCGAGUUGAUCGCUCAAGCUGAUUGUUCCAUCCGUGCCUGUGCUGCUCUCAAAUACCAGACUGAGGCUGUCAAACGGCGGUUAACUCAGAUCCAGGAACUGUGGGUUUGUGUGCUGAAGAGACUGAAUGAGGCGAGGCUGAAAACUGAGCUCAUGUCUCAAACUUUGCAGUACUACAGUAUACCUCAGCUCUCCCUGCAAGCUCAGAGAGACCUGCACCAACGACUGCAGUUUCUCCACGAGGAGGCGGGAAAUUUGGAGGCACACUGGGAUGAACUGAAUCAAACUAUUGCAGCCCUCCAAGUCAUCAUCAGUCCAUGUGUGGCUGCCUUCCUCAGCCAUCAGCUGGACAGACAGAAAGCCAGGUGGAUUGGGGAGGUUGCAGCAUUGAAUCAGCAGCUCCAGAGGAGUCAGAGCCUCCUGCAGGUGUGGGAGGUGUACUGCUGCCUGGCUGCGUCUCUGUCUGAGCGUCUCCAGAGCAUGCAGGAGGCAAUCACAUCGGAGUUGAGAACAGCAUCCUCACAUGGUAGCAUUCUACCAGAGGUGAUAUGCAACAUUCAGACUCUCCAGGAGAGAUCAAAUAGUUUGCAGAAUGACCUGCAAGAGGUGCUGGAAGCCUUCAAGGAGCUGACUGGUCACCUGGAACCUUCAGCUGCUAGUCUGAUCCAAUCUGAGACCCAGUUGUUAUCAUGUGAUGUCCUUCAGAUCAGCCAGAAGCUGUCGAGAACGUUGGUUCAUCUGCAGGAGGAGCUGCAGCGGCUGCAGGAGUAUGAAAGCAUCGUGGAAUCACUGGAACGGAAUCUGGAGCUUUGGGAGGAACAUCUGGAGCAUGCAGCAGCAGAGCGCCAUACUUCCCAGUCUGAUGUCCUGGAGCUCAGCACCCUGUCUGCUGACCUCGCUGUGGCCAACGAUCUGAGCUGCAGCCUGAAUCUCUGUGACGCUGCAGUGCAUCGUCUUCAGUGCCUCAAUCAGAAAUGGACUCACGUGUCCACGAAAGCAGAGGAAGUCUGCAGUGCGCUGCAGUCAGAGGCGCUGAGGGAGCAGAGCUUUGAGCAGAAAUGUGAGAGCUGGAUGUCUUUUCUGCAGCGGAUGGAGGACAGUCUGGCCGUAGACAUGGCCGGUUCUUACACAUGUCUCUGGCAGCAGCUCCGCACACACAAGCUGUUCCAGGCAGAAUUCACCAUGGGCCACCAGAUCCUGCAUUCAGUUAUCACAGAUGCUCUUCAUCUCCUGCAUAAAGGAGAGGUGGAUGACAGAAAUAACUUCCUCCUGAAACUAACCAAGCUCAAAGAGCACUGGCAGGGUGCGGUGCAGCGGGCAGACCAGCGGCGCUCCCUGGUGGAAGGGCUGGUGAAGCACUGGCACCAUUACAGCUGCAGUUUGAUGAGACUGCAGAGGUUUUUGGCAGAAGCACGGAGCAUCCUUCAUCCUGCAGGGCCGGUCUGCUGCAGCCUGCGGCAGCUGAGAUGCAGACUGAAGGAUCUCCAGCACACAGACCUGUUGUUCCAGAGGUACCAGAGCACUUUCUUGCACACUCUGGAGCUCGGUCAGCAGCUCUUUUCCAUGGGCGACCAACAGACUCAGACUCGACUUCAGAUGGAUCUGAGAACUCUACAGGAGGAGUGGAACAACCUGCACGGCCAGCUGGGAACAAGACUGGAUCUCAUAGAGGCUGUUGUUAAGAACUGGGAGCGGUACGAUGCCCAUCUAGCUGACAGCAUGUUGCAGUUGAAGGAUAUCAAGACCACGCUGAACCAGUCAAUGCCAGUGAUCAUUGAUGAACUACAGAAUGCUGAGGAGUUAAACAAGGAGAACGAGGACUCCUUGGAGCACUGGGCUGAGAGCCUGACGGAGCUGAGCACCAUGAAGACACACCUGUCCCAGUACAUCAUCACAGAAGAUGUGCUGCUGCUGCAGGAGCAGGUGGAGCACCUGCACUGUCAGUGGGAGGAGCUCUGCUUCAAGGUGUCUCUGCGUAAACAGGAGAUUGCAGACCGGCUCAAUGCCUGGAUCAUCUUCAAUGAGAAGAACAAGGAGCUCUGUGAUUGGCUGACACACAUGGAGAACAAGGUGGUGCACAACUCCGACCUCAACAUUGAGGAGAUGGUGGAGAAACUGCAGAAGGAGUGUAUGGAGGAAAUCAACCUGUUCAGUGAAAAUAAAACUCACCUGAAGCAGCUUGGAGAACAACUCAUCACCGCCAGCAACAAGACCAAGGAGAUGGAGAUUAACGACAAGCAGGACAUAAACGAUCGAUGGCAGCUGUUUGACCACAUUGAGACCAGGGUGAGGAAGCUGAAGGAGACUCUGGUGACGGUGCAGCAUCUUGAUAAGAACAUGAGCAACCUGCGGACUUGGCUGUCAUGUGUCGAGGCUGAGCUGGCCAAGCCAGUGGUCUACAGUGUUUGCCACAGCGAUGAGAUCCAGCGUAAACUGGCUGAACAGCAGGAUCUGCAGCGAGACAUUGAACAGCACACAGAGAGUGUGGCGUCUGUGCUGACAUUGUGCGAUGUCCUGCUUCAUGAUGCCGACGCCUGCUGCAGUGACUCAGAGAAUGAUUCAAUCGAGCAGACCACCCGUAGCCUGGACCGCCGCUGGAGGAACAUCUGUGCCAUGUCUAUGGAGAGGAGGAUGAGGAUUGAAGAGACAUGGCGUCUCUGGUGUAAGUUCCUGGAUGACUACUCUCACUUUGAGGAUUGGCUGAAGACAGCAGAAGUCACUGCAGCCAACCCAGAAUCCGCCAAUGUUCUCUACACCAGCGCCAAGGAGGAGCUCAAGAAGUUUGAGGCUUUCCAGAGGCAGAUCCAUGAACGGCUGACUCAGCUGGAGCUGGUCAACAAACAGUAUCGACGUCUAGCCCGGGAGAACCGCACUGAUGCCGCCAGCAAGCUGAAAGUCAUGGUCAACGAGGGGAACCAGCGGUGGGACACCCUGCAGAAGAGGGUAGCCUGCGUGCUCCGCAGACUCAAGCACUUUACCUCUCAGAGAGAAGACUUUGAGGGGACGCGAGAAGGAAUCCUGGUCUGGCUGACAGAGAUGGACCUCCAACUCACCAACGUGGAACACUUCUCAGGGAGUGACAUUGAAGACAAAAUGAGGCAGCUCAACGGCUUUCAACAGGACAUCACCCUGAACACCAACAAGAUCGAUACACUGAUAGUGUUCGGGGAGAACCUGAUCCAGAAGAGUGCUCCUCUGGAUGCCGUGUUGAUCGAGGAUGAGCUGGAGGAGCUGCACACCUACUGCCAGGAGGUGUUUGGCAGGGUUGCCCGCUUCCAUUAUCGCCUUGUCAGUAGACGCCCGGUUUUCGAAGAAGAGAGGGAUCUGUCAGAUCGGGACACAGAUGUGGCGGACUCACCUAACCCAUUCCAUGGGAGUUGUUGGAGGGAGAUAAGGACAGAGGAAGAUGAAGAUGUGGAAGUUCCAGUAGUGGAUGCAGUUCUAUAUAGACAGCAGGCCAUGUGUCAUCUGUUGGUGCCACCUCUGGAAAUCGGCCGAGAAACCCCUGUUAGUGUGGAUUCAAUCCCACUGGAGUGGGACCAUACUGUUGAUGUGGGAGGAUCUUCACAUGAUGAGGAUGAGGACGUGACCUUCUUCAGUGCUCUGUCAGAUGUGAAGGUGGCGGAGAGUUCAGAGCUGUUUGUUGAAGAGACUACCCGAGCAGUGAACACAGCCUCGGUGAAGUCAGUGAGAGAUCCUCCCAGCUGGCAUCAGCCGGGCUCCCCAGAGAGGAAACGAGCUCCCAGGCAAGCCAUGCCAAGCUUGGACUCUCCCAAACACGCCACCAGUACACCAUUCCACCAGCAGGACUAUUCUAAGCUGAUGUCAGAAUGCAGCGGCAGCAUUGAUAGUGUCAAGAGAGUCAAGCUGAUUCUAAACGAUGAAGAGGAGCUGGAUCAUCUGGGCCUGACUGGCACCACAGCCGAAAAACAUACCAGCACAGGUGUGGUCGAGCGUUGGGAGCUGCUCCGAGCACAAACAUUGAGUGACACAGGCCUGAGUCCCAAUCUGGAUCAGUGGCAGAAGCUGAACGUUGACCUAUGUGAUGUCACUUCCUGGUUGGCCAGGGUGCUACCAGAGCUGGAGAGGCUGCAGCAGAUCACGCCAUCCACCAGCAUUCGAGAUAUGGAGAUCAACAUCAGAAAACUCAAGGAGAUGCAGAGAGCCUUCAGCAGUUACAAAUGUCUGAUGAUCUCCGUGAACCUCAGCAGCCGCCGCUUCCUGCACAGCGACGGCGCCGAGCUCCGGGAACUGCAAGAAGCUCUGAAGUCCGCAAAUCAAAGCUGGACGCAGGCCUGCGGAAGCUUGGAGAGCUGGCAGGGAAACCUGCAGGGGGCGCUCAUGCAGUGCCAGGAGUUUAAUGAGAUGCUGCACACCUUGUUGUUCUGGCUGGCUCAGGCAGAGAGCAAACUCCACACCAUAAAGUUGUCACCUUCUGGAGCCGCUGUGCUGGAGCGCCGGGACACACUGAUGGCUCUACGGGAGGAGCUGCGUGGCCGCCAGCAACAGGUCUCCUCGCUGCAGGAGAUCUCCUCACAGCUCCUCCUGGAGGCUGACGGGGAGGACAGCAUGGAGGCCAAAGAGAAGGUUCACGUCAUUGCACAAGCUGCAGCUGCCCUGCGACAGGUGACCUCUGACCUGCACGCACUGCAGGGAGAACUGGAAAGCAGCCUGACGAGCUGCGACAGAGACAGAACGCUCAGUUCCAUGACGGCGCACUGCCAGGAGGAACCUGCACUCAACCAAAAACAAGGAACGAGAAGGGAUUCCUCAGCACGCCUCCCUUUCCUCUGCCGGGUGCUUCGAGCGGCCUUCCCCCUUCACCUGCUCUUCCUGGUCCUGCUGGUUCUGGUUUGUUUGGUCCCCGUGUCUGAGGACAACUACAGCUGUAUGCUGUCCAAUAACUUUGCCCGAUCCUUUUACCCUAUGCUGCAUUACACCAACGGGCCCCCGCCGACAUGAAAACUGUCACAAAGCUUUGCAGGGCCGUUUUUGGGUUCUGUUGAAGAGGGGGACAAAAAAGUGGAUAAAGAAAAUACAGUCUGCACCCCCCACCACCACCACCCAAAAAAGGGCACCACCCUUCAUCCUGGAUGGCCUCAUUUCAUGUGUUUUUAAUUCAAAAUUUUAUUGAUGUAUUUAAUCUAUUUAUUUAUUUGUGAUGCUCCAUAGUGCAAAAAGAAGCCAUAUCACUGCUAAAUUAUAACUUGUUUUUAGAACCAGUUAACAUCCAAACGCAGUACAAAGAAAUUAUUUAUUUUCAUACUUCCAUAUUUGUACUUUCACUGUAGUCUAUGGAAUAUAGUUUGAAAGUAAAAGGACAGUUAUUACCAAAGGUUCCACAAAGGGACAAGUACUGUACGUGAGCAGUUUCCUUCCACAGCAGCUGUUUGUGCUUUUUUUUAAUAGCAUCCACUCGUCGCACGUUUUGUACAGAAAGUAAAUAAACAUUUGUCAUUUUCGCCUAUUUUUGAAAUCAUGACUA